AUGUCACUUUUUAAGAAGACUUAUGGGUCCAAUAUUAAGUAUCACCAUGCCCGUAGAGGGAAAGAAGCUGUAUUUGAAGAACAGUUUGGUGAUGAUGAGAAGUCGUAUAGCGAUUUAAGUUGGUAUGUCAAAGCAAUUGAAGAAACUAAUCCUGAUAGAUAUGUGAAGUUUGAAGUUGAGGAUGGAACCAACAUAUUUCAGAGGAUAUUCAUUUGUUUCGGUUCUUCCAAGCAUAUAUAUAGGUAUCUCAGGCCCAUGAUUUACUUGGACACUACUUUUCUUACUGGUAGAUUCAGGGACAAUUGGUUUUGGUUUUUGGAGAAUCUUAAAAAAGUUGUCGAUGGUCGUCAGAUUGUUUUCCUUAGUGAUCGUCAUGAAGGACUUUUGCAGGGCAUCCCAAGAGUGUUUCCUAAUUCAUAUCACAGCUAUUGCUUUUACCAGAUCAAGUGCAAUCUCCCCAUUGGAUCAGGUGAUGCGAAUUCAAAGGUUGUUAUUGAUUUAUUUUACAAAGCUGCUUAUUCUUACACAGCAACUAACUUUGAAGAAGCUUUGAGGGUCAUGCAUGCAAUUGGAUGUGGACAUGUUGCUAACUAUAUCAGGACUAUUCCAAAGGAGAAAUGGGCAAAUGCAUUUUUCCCUAUAUCAAGAUAUAGUGCUCACUCUUCAACUCUUUCUGAGUCCUUCAACAACUGGAUUCUUGAAUUCAAAAAGCUGCCUUCUUUUGCUCUUCUCGAUGCGAUACUUUUGAUGGUUAUGAAAUUGAAUUCUACGAUAAGGGUAAAAGGUCUAGAAACUUUCAACACCAGGCUCACUCCCACAUUUGAGGCUUUACUAAAAGAAAACAUCGACAUUGGUCGUACUUGGACUGUUACUGAGUCCAUGGAAAGAUUGUAUGAAUUCGCAUCACCCCGGACUCAUUUUGUAGAUCUAGUGCAGAAAACUUGUACAUGUCACAGGUGGCGAGUUAAUGGUUUUCCUUGCGCACAUGCUUGUAGUGCAAUUCAAGCUACGAGGGAGGACAUCUAUUCAUUUGUUGAGACAUACUUCACCACUGAAUGGUACAACAAGACAUACCAGGAGAUCAUUUUGCCAAUCCCCAAUUAUGACAAGUCGCAGUCUUAUGAUCCUAGUGAUAGGAUUAUUGUUCCUAUUCCUGUUCCUCCACCCGGUAGACGGAAAGCACAGCGUUUCAAGAAUGCUUGGGAGAAUCAGAAGAGACCUAUGAUGUGCACAAAGUGCUUCACUCUUGGUCACCACAAUAGAGCUUCCUGCCCCAUGCUUUGA